UUCCGGUGAUGACGAUUAUAUUUUUGCCGCCAAUGGUCUAUAUCCAAAAAUGUUAACGCGCCCAUUAAGCUCAAAGCAGAAUGAACUGCGUUUGAAACGCUUUGAGUUUAUUGGUCGUCUUCUUGGUCAAGCUCUUAUUGACAGUCGAAUGUUGGAUUUACCACUCUCUCCAGCCUUUUUCAAGUGGUUAAUUGGUGAGGAAGAAUCUCUCGGGACCGAAGACUUUGAAAAACUUGAGCCGACAAUCUUCCGCUCGUUACGUGAUAUAUUGCAGACAGAGGAAGAGAAAGAUUUUGAGAGCUUAGAUGUGUAUUUUAUCUAUCCUGGCGAACCAUCUAUGGAAUUGUGCAAAGGGGGAAAGAAUUUGGCGCUUGUUUGUUACUGGCGACUUAUUGAGGGUGUUCGUUCUGAAAUGGAGGCUGUUCGUCGAGGGUUUCGCUUAGUUAUCAAUAAAGAUUCGUUGCGCAUAUUCUCUUCGGAUGAGAUGGAGUUGCUAUUUUGUGGAAGUGCAGAGAAUGAUGAGAGAAUUUGGACUAAAUCGGCACUCCAACAUGCUUUACGCCCGGACCAUGGCUACAAUUAUGAUUCGGCACAAAUUAAGUGGCUAAUUACGAUGUUGUGUUCGUAUAAACAUGAUAAGCGCCGGCGUUUCUUGCAAUUUGUCACUGGCUCUCCAAGGUUGCCUAUUGGCGGAUUUCGUGGUUUAAACCCUCCACUUACUGUUGUUAAAAAGACAGCUACAUGUGUGAAAAAUGAGGAAGAACUGCCAUCUGCAAUGACUUGCUAUAAUUACUUGAAAAUUCCGCCAUAUGAAACUUACGAGACAUUUGUGUCAAGAUUCGAUAUCGCUCUUCAACAUGUCUAUAGCUUCUAUCUCACAUAA